AUGAAUAAGGAUUCAAAAGGAAUCACUCAUUCUUCUGAUGAUUUUAAUUCUGCAUACAAUAUGGGAAGGUUUUCAUAAAUAAGAAUAGAUAGGACCUCCUCAUCCUAGAUAUAAUUAUUAUUUUCUAAUAGGAUUUUAUGGAUUUGGGUUAAAUAUCAAAAAAUAUGGAGAUAAGAAAAAUUGGAUAAACAUAGAUGGUAAUCCUAAUGA